AGAUCAAACUAUUUCAACGUGGCUACGUCGAGCAUGAGCAACAAGAUCGAAUACUUGGUGAAGUAUUCAGUUGCACCUCCGCCCAGCAGAGACUAUUACGGUCUAAAAGUUCUUCAAGACGAGGUAAUUUUAUACCUGUGGAGAAUCUCUCACGGACCUCACAAAGCACCGAUCGUAUAUCGUGCCAAACUCAUCGAAUUUGAUCAAGACAAAUCCUUACAGAACGAAAUACAGUACGCAUUUGGUACGCAUUUAUUAAAAUACGUGAAAAAUAUUGCUGAAGGGAAUAUAAAUACUCUUUUGACUUUACCCAAAAAUUUAAUUGGAAGAAUUUCAAGAUAUUUAAAAUUCACAGAUAUUAUAAAAUUGUCAUCGUUAUCGCACGUCGCCUGCGAGGUAUUUAAUACCGAUUCAAUCUGGGAAAUACUCUACAAGAGAGACAAAAAAGCCAACGUUAACAUAGAGGAAAGAGAAAAGGCUAGGAUUUAUAGUUGGAAACAAUUGUACAAGGAUAGGCAAAUGGAGACGUCAAUGAAAGAUCGAAAGAACCUUGGAAUUCCGUUUAAAUGUACAAACGAUAUAAAAACUAAUAUAUUAUCAUUGAGACCUACUCAUACACACACAAACGCCAAUAAUGUGUCUAAAUCUAUUUCAAAAACAACUUCAACUACAAAUGUCAUGACGAAGAAACGCUUAGAAUCUUCCAGCACGAAUCUCACAACAACCCCACUUUCUAAAACGAUGUCUGAUACUCGAUUUCGCAGUUAUACAAAGAACGAGACAUUAAAUCCACAAAAAAGGAAUGUGGGAAAUGCAAGUUUUGCAUUUGACGUAAAUGUGAAAAAUAUUAAGAAGGAAAAUCUAAUUGCAUCGAAAACAACAAAACAAGAACCUAAAAAUGUUUUGAAGUAUGACAAAAUAUCUGACAAACAACAGAAUAAAUUGGAAAAGAAUUUUAAUAAGAUCGAUAUCACCAGCAAUACAAAAUCGAGCGCAUCAAUACAACAGAAUAAAUUAAAAUCCACUACUUCUAAAACAUUAUUUCCUAAGAACACUGUGGAAAAUGUCAAAUCUUCUUCAGAUUUAACGCAGAAUUCUCAUAACAAAACUCGAUCAAAGACGAAGAUCAAGUCUAAGAAAAAGAUAGCCGCGACUAAGUCUGAAAUAUUUAACACUGAUAUCACGUUGCCAGAAGAACCUUUUCUAGUCGGAGAUGGCAAUUUCGAUCUGGCUGAUCUGAUCGAAGCGAGCUUAAAGAACAUCCGAAGCCCACGGAGUGUAUUUGAUUAUGAUUUUAGUUGCGUACAACAAUCGGAUGCAACAAAAAAGGAUGCUUUAAAAAUUAGAAAUGAAAUUCAUAAUAUGGAUAAGUUGAAACAAUUAAAACCUUCUCGAAACAGCAUCACUACGAAUAACUUUAACAAAAUGAUUCGAGGUGAAAUUCUCGAGAAGCUUUCGGAAAAAUCUGAAUCCUUUAGUGAAACAUCUAACGAGUCUCUUGUAAGUGAUAAAAAAUCUGUACCAGAUGGAAACAAUAAACUCUCAUUAUUAUCUGAAAAAUACAUGCAAGCUCGAGCAGAACUCGAACAAUCCUUAGAUUGGACACGAAAUGCUUUAGUAUCUUCUGAAGAUCUAUGGGAUCCAUAUUCUGCCAUAAAUUCCCAGAAUAAAUCUCUUAAUUCCAAAAAAGUUAAAAAUAGUGAUAAAAAGUCUUUUAUUUCUCGAGGAUCAUCAAAAACUUAUCUUUUAAAAGCAAACGCUUCGAAUGACUCGAAGAAUAAAAAAAAUAUUUCUGCGCAUAGUUCUAAAAUUAUGAAAUAAAAUUUACAAAAAUCUGAGAAAACAUUGAAAGAGAAAUCA